AGAAGGUGCCAGCCGCAGAGGGGUGCAGAUAUCUCCCCCUGCCCCUCACCCCACCUCCCUUGGGUUUUGUUCACCGUGCUGUCAUCUGUUUUUUCAGACCUUUUUGGCAUCUAACAUGAAGAAAGGAGUAAAGAAGAGAACAAAGUAACUCCUGGGGGAGCGAAGAGCGCUGGUGACCAACACCACGACCGUCACCACCAGCUCCUGCUGCUGCGGCCACCCACAUCCACCGUUCACUGGGAGACUCCAGAGGCUCAGGCAGCGGAUCCGAGAAAGGAACGAGGGGAGGCAGCCGGCUUUUCCGAGGAGUUAUGGAUGUUGGUGCAUUCACUUCUGGCCAGAUCCGCGCCCAGAGGGAGCUAACCAGCAGCCACCACCUCCAGCUCUCUCCUUGCUUUGCACCAGAUCUUACCCUUCCAGUAUGUUCCUUCUGAUGCGACAAUUUCCAGUGCCGAGAGUUUCAGUACAAUGUGGAAAUGGAUACUGACACAUUGUGCCUCAGCCUUUCCCCACCUGCCCGGCGGCUGCUGCUGCUGCUGCUUCUUGUUACUCUUCUUGGUGUCUUCCAUUCCUGUCACCUGCCAAGCCCUUGGUCAGGACAUGGUGUCACCAGAGGCCACCAACUCUUCUUCCUCCUCCUCCUCCUCUCCUUCCAGCGCGGGAAGGCAUGUGCGGAGCUACAAUCAUCUUCAAGGAGAUGUCCGCUGGAGAAAGCUGUUCUCUUUCACCAAGUACUUUCUCAAGAUCGAGAAGAACGGGAAGGUCAGCGGGACCAAGAAAGAGAACUGCCCGUACAGCAUCCUGGAGAUAACAUCAGUAGAAAUCGGAGUUGUUGCCGUGAAAGCCAUUAACAGCAACUAUUACUUAGCCAUGAACAAGAAGGGGAAACUCUAUGGCUCAAAAGAAUUUAACAAUGAUUGUAAGUUGAAGGAGAGGAUAGAGGAAAAUGGAUACAAUACCUACGCAUCCUUUAACUGGCAGCAUAAUGGGAGGCAAAUGUAUGUGGCAUUGAAUGGAAAAGGAGCUCCAAGGAGAGGACAGAAAACACGAAGGAAAAACACCUCUGCUCACUUUCUUCCAAUGGUGGUUCACUCAUAGAGGAAGGCAAUGUCUGUGGAUACAGUAGAACCAAUGGCUCUUUUGCCAGGAAUAGUGGAUAUUCUUCAUGAAGACAGUAGCUCGAAAGGCAAAGACACAUUGCAGAUGUCUGCUUGCUUAAAAGAAAGCCUGCCUUUGAAGAUUUUUUGUACUCACUGCUGACAUAUGAUGUUCUUUUAAUUAGUUCUGUGUCAUGUCUUAUAAUCAAGAUAU